AUGACACUACUAGCAUCAUUAAAGUACUUAUCAUCAUCCAUAUUACUGCUCAGCACCAUUGCUGAAGCUGCGCCGACAAACAACUAUCCAUUAGCAAUCCAGUAUCCUCCAAUAAUAAAGUAUGGCCAGUCCUACUCUUACCAGCUCCCAUCAGACACAUUCACAUCUUCAGAAUCUUCGGUAGAUUACUCCGCUUCAGAUCUACCAGACUGGCUAUCAUUUGACUCCAACACCAGAGUCUUUAGCGGAGUUGCUCCAACAAUUCAGGAAAAUGACGGUGACAGCAAUGACACACUGAUUUGGUUCAAUCUCAUUGGCACCGACACUGCCGGUGAGACCUCUGUUAAUUCUUCUUUCUUACUGACGGAUAUGCAGGUCGAAUCCGUUCUUACAAAUACAUCUCUUUCUUCCAUUCUCGAUUCCUCCAUUGAGUUUCAAAACUCAGACAGCAUCGUUCUUACUCCAGAGCAAUCCUUUCAAAUCAAGUUCCCCUCGACCUUGUUCAAGGCUGACUCCGAUGCAAACCCUAUCACCUACUACACUGCCCUUACACAAUCCCACACUCCUCUUCCUAUUUGGAUCUCUUUCAACUCCCAAACAUUUGUACUCUCUGGAACCACACCUUCUUUGAGCUCAGACGAUUCGGUCGAGUCAUUCCCUGUUUCCAUUCUCGCCAUCCAAUCCCAUGGCUUCACAAGUGCGUCCAUCGAUUUUAACAUUACGGUUUCUGCACAUACAUUCACGACAGACGUUUUUUUCGUCAACAAAACUGUCAAUAGAACAGAAACCUUUUCCUACAAGCUUCCUCUGGACCAAAUCUUUUUGGACAAUUCCACCUUGUCUCCCAGUAACAUUUCUGCCGUUUCGCUAAACACCACCGGCAGCUCCUGGUUGAGCACUAAUUUUACUACCUUGUAUGGAACCGUCCCUACCAACUUUAACGAUACUGCAUACGAAGUUACCAUUGAAAGCGUUUAUGCUUCCAAUGUUUCCUUCACUCUUAUGCUGAAUCGUGCGGCCGAAGUUGUUGAAAACAGCACCAUUUUCUCUAACAUGUCGACACCAAUUAUAGUCAAUGCCACGACGGGCGAGUACUUCCAGUAUCAACUGCCUAGCACCGUUGUUGAAAAUAAAAACGCAACCAUUGACGCUUCCUACAGCCCAGAGGCGACCUGGCUUGUGUUUCACUCAGACAAUGUCACCUUUAAUGGGUUUGUACCAGAUUCCUUUGAGGGCACCACAGUCACUCUUACAGGUGAAUAUAAAACUACAAAGGAAACGUUUGAGUUUUCUCUCAACUCGAUCCAGGGCAAGGUUGCUAAUCCUACAACUUCGGCUACAGCUACGGCCACGGCAACAGCUACGGCCACGGAGGCAGCUACAAGUACUGAGGCAGCUACGCCAGUCAAGAAAAGCCACAGCAAGCUUGCAGCUAUUCUCUGUGGUGUGCUGAUUCCAAUUUUUUUCAUCAUUGGACUGCUGCUUGUAUUGUUCUUUUUCUGCCGCAGACGCAAGCAGAACGACAAGAAGAUUGAGAUUUCAAAUCCUGUCAUUAACCCAAGUGACGGCGACAAUCACCGAAUUUAUAACGAAAAGGAUGUCGAGGCUGGAGGUGCACACACCACGCACAAUUACGAUACGUCGUUUUCUAGCGACAACUCCAGCACUCCAUUCAUGAACCCCCAAGUCAACUACUCUAUCGGACAAGUUCCAUCGCGCAAGUCAAGUUUUGGCAACAUGCUGGAACCCACUCCGGUUGGAACACCUGUUCCAUCUCUGAAUCACAAGAAGAGUUUUGGCACACCAAUCAUGGCCACAGAAUACAAUCUUUUCAAGUUGGACAACCCCAAUAAACCCUUUGUGAAUGCAGAUGGGUCACCUAUGAGCCACGCGUAUUCGGAGGGGUACAGCAGCGAAGGCACUCAUGUGGGUGAAAAUAGUGGCGACUCUUCUGGUGCCGAUGGCCAUAUGGUGGGUACCACUCAAGAUUAUCCUGGCAAUGUUUUGAGCACGUCGGAGCCUCAGACUGAGCAAACAAGUGACUCAACAACCAGUCGACCAAAUAGCCGGUCGUUGACCGGGCUGCAGCCACAACUAGAGAUUUCAUCUUCGCGCGACGACAAUUCAUAUGUACGCAGCAGCAUCAUUAGCACACACAGCUCGAUUGCGCCAGCAUCAUCAAUGGCGAUGGCGCAGGUGAUUGCGGGUGAUGGCAACAGCGGUGGCAGUCGAAGCAGUAGCAGCAAUAGUAGUGCUGGACGACGAUCAUCCAUUCUUUCCAACAAUAGCGAGGGCGAGACGCCUGGCAAACCACGCAACUCGUGGCGACAAACAUAUGAGCCUGGGCGCCGGUGGCACUCACGACAGCAGGGCGGGUCUCUUGCGACAAUUAGUACCGAUGAGCUUUACAGCGUGAAGCUUGUGAACGAGGAGGGUAAUAAGCGAGGGAGCGCAGCGCUGCCGCAAAGCCAGAGCGCGAAUAGCAUAUACAGCAGUCUGAGCGGCAAAGUCGCAGACACACCAUCGCCGAUUCUGCGGCGGCUGGGGAGCAUGACAUCUACGUCUUCUGAGAGACGCUCGCAUAGCAACUCGACAUCCAUUGGGUCAUCAUCGUUUUCGUCGGAGAGCCCUAGGGCAGGUGGUGAUUUGAUACAUUCUUUGGAGCCGCCAUUUGCAUCGCAUACUUCGGGCCUGGACACUGUUCCUGAAAGCCCACAGCUUGGAGGGUCCAUGCCAUCAACAGCCACUAGUACGCCAGUGGUGCGACCAGCAACAGCCGGAACCAUGAUGACGGGGGGGACUGGUAGCACAUUUUUCGCUCGUGGAAGCACGGGGCCUUAUGGCACUCCACAAUCUGGAGCUACGCAGUCACGAGUAGAUUCUGAGUUAUAUCAAACGGCAAGCAGCGGUGAGAGUGGGGAUGAAGAGGGAAGCAAUGAGAGUGAGUUUGAUGAGGAUGAAAUGCAAGGCCAGCAGUCGACUCCUAAGAAGAGUGCAAGAGUACAGUCGCCUGUUGGACACGAUCUGGAUCCUGGGUUUGUUUUUGGGGCACCGUCUGGGAUGCCAGUGCAAUACCAGCGACAAUCCAUUGCGACUACGUCCAGUUUGACGACAUCCACUGGGGAGUCUGAGCCUUCAAUGGCCGGCACACCACGCCGGACGUCGUUUUACACCAAGGAAAGCCAGGUGACGGAUUAUGACACCAGCGCGGACACUAUGGUUUUAAGGAGAGUAGUGAAUACAGCGACACCGACCUCUGUGGUAUCUUCACGAGCUGCCGGGGCGAGUGCGCUGAGUACACGACCCAUGUCGGUAGUAUCAACCAGUUCAGAGGCGAUGCGGCCUGGGGAGUUGCGCAUUGUGCAGGGCACGCCGAGUCCUUAA